UUCAUGCUGCUGUUCGCGUGUGCGUGUCUGCCUGUAUCUGUAGCACAAUCUUUGUUAUAUAACCCAGUUCCCGUUAAGAAAUAUUUAUUUGAGCGGGUUUGCUGGGGUGAUUAUGGCACUGUCUUGAGGAAAUACUAUAAAAUACGCGACAAAAGAUUUUGUGGCACGAAAUGCGCUGAAAAUAGCGAGUGCACUUCUUUCCUGUACUCCAAGAACGCGGGAUGGUGCAGAAUCAACUCCGAUGUAUUCGUGAACAGGACCAACGUCGGAUGUAAUCGUUUCGAGGACUACGCCGAGAUCACGACUGUGCAGCCAUUAAGACAUGCCAAGCCGCCGACUCACUGUGGACCUGUUCCCUAUUUUUCAUCCAUCAUUGUGAACAUGUCGAGCAAUUACAGUAUAGGCUCUCGGUUUCCCUAUAGGUGUGAUCCAUGUACUAGUUUCCCACCCCAGAGCUCGCCUGGAUACCUCGAAUGUGGUACUGAUGGGAAAUGGAUUAUUCCCCCUGAAUUGUGUGUGUAUGGUCCUGAUAUUGGUCUUCUGCGAAAUGGAAGUGCAAUACCAGUUGAUGCAAUAGGCUGCAUGUCUACCCACAAUGACACGUGUCCCCAGACUUCUGUUUCGUCUGGACUCCGGUUCAACGGUGUCAUAGGAAAGUGUUAUUGUGACGAUUGUUGCUGCCAGGCUCAGGACUGCUGCUACGACACAAAUUGCUAUCAAGAGGACAAGUCCUACGAAUACGAAUACUAUUAUUACGACGAAUAUUAUUAUUAAGGCGAAUAUUAAAUAUUAAGAGUAUGGGCAAUGUUGAAAAGACACAGUCACAUAAUUACGACUAAAACGCGUUUUAUGGAAAUCAGAGAUUUUCAGAAAUUGUAUUUCUUUCAGAUGAUAUAAAGAUGUAAGCCUUAGAAAAUAUACUAUAUAUUACACAAACACGUAUCUAAUUAAGCCUAAAUAACACAAACACGUUACAAAUUAAGUCUUAAUUAAGAAAAAAAAAACGUUGCGAAUUAAGCCUGAAUAAUACAAACACGUUACGAGUUGGAGUUGGGCCUGUAUAACACAGACAUGUUACGAAUUAAGCCUAAAUAACACUAACAUGUUACGAAUUAAGCUUGUUACAAACACGUUACGAAUUAAGCCUUAAUAACACAGAUUCAGGAGCGGAGUCACUUCUUUUGUUAUGUCUCUUUUAUCUCUAAGUGUGUGCGUUAAAGGGAAUAUAAGAAAUCUACGAUGUUAUUCUAAUCAGAUUUUUCAGUCGGUAGAGAAACGUUUAUUUCGAGAAACUCAGCCUGUUUGUUUUUCAUUGCUUCCUAAAAGGGGAUGUUUUCGCUAAAUGUGUGCAAGUAAAAUUGAUCAUUUUAUUUUUCGAAUGGGAAGCAAGUUAUUAUGGCAAGAGCCUUUUCCCUACUGUGUUGCAGUUUUGAAUAUUUCACAGUUUACAUUUGAAAAGAUAAUAUCUUUCAAAAAUGUAUCAUAAUGACGGCAAAUCAUUUUUGUUCUAUAAUGUGAAGCUUUGUUUUGUCCGAUUGUAAGCUAAAACUGCAUCUAUUACAUGUUUUGUGCUACUAUCAGUUUUUGAGUCACGUGAUCAGUACUUAUUGUCUUCGUUUUUUCCCUAUUAUUUUCCAUGACAUUAAACAAUACAAUACUACGGUGAAUAAGAACUAUAUUUAGUAUAUAUACUUGACUGGUACUCGCAUGCAUACAUAAUGUUUUGAUAUCAUGAUUUGUUGGACCGUAAAUUUUACAGAAAUGAAUUCUUCGCAAGAAUUCGUGCAAGAAAUUUACAAAAAUCGUAAGAAUAUGACAAAAAAAUUGUGAAAUGUACGUCUCGCGUCAGUACCCCUACUAAAAAAAACGUAUAUGUCACAUUUCUGAGUUGUGGUAUUUUCAAUCGUAUUUGUAGCAAAUGUGUAAAGAAUUCGCACGAGUUCCUCAAAUAUGUGAAGAAUAAUUCGUUCUGUAAAUUAUACGGUCAUCUGUAAUACCAGUAGUCGUAAAUGGAAGAUCAGAAAAAUGUGAGGUACAUGUACAUGGUAUUUGUUUUCGCUGUAUACAGUUGUUCGCCUAUGCAUACAUAAGCGGCGACAAAGAAACAUUAGAAGAGUAUAAUAAUUCACACAUUGCUAUGAUUUGGUCUUAAAUUUUGAAAUACGUUGUAAUAUACUGUUGUCUUUUUUAUACUCCCAUAAUAGCUUUGACGAGGAGAGUGUUUGUUUCCAAACAAAUGCUUAAACCGAAAGAAAGUUAUUAAUAAUAAAUUAUUUAA